CAAAAGCAAAUGGCUGACCAGAAAUCGACAUUCUUGAAUCCGUAACAAAAUAAUCCGAUGUUAUUACAUGAAUUAUGCGCUUUUUAUGAUCAUGAUUAGCAAAAUAAAGCUUAUUAAGCUUUAAAUAAUUAGAAUAAAAUAAUAUUGGCUGGAUAAAAUAGCUAUAAUAUAAAUAACUAAAAGUCCUGCUAAUACAAAUUUAGUCCUAGUAUUUUACAAAAUCUAAAUCGUGCUUUCCAUGGACCCACGUCCGUUUAUUUUUGAGUUGAUGUAGAACAAACUGGCAGACACCGUGGAGCUGCCGUCGUCCAGCAUGGAGCGGAGCUACGACAAGCGGCAUAGCAAGCACCACAAGGAGAAACAUAAGAAACAUUCACACAAGAAACACAGGAGUCAUUCCAGUGGUACACAUGAUCAAUCUUAUGCUACUAGUAACUCUCUUAAGCCCCUGGUGGAGUAUUCUGACGUGAGCUCGGAGGAUCUGUCGGCCCCGGAGGCCGGCGAGAUCGAGAGCGAGGCUAGCUCGAUCGGGAGGCACAUUGCCGACGACCUAGAUAGAACCAGGAAAUCCCAUUCGGUUCGCACAUUUCUAGACAACAAGAUAUCGGUUACGACUACGAGCCGUCGGGCCGCGGAGGAAUACGCUCUUAUCCGUGAUUCUUGUUCAGCAGCGAGGAAGAAGCGCGACUUGGACUACGACGAUGAGCUGGAGUUCGAUCGUUACAAAAAGAAGGUCAAACGAAAGAAGGAUAAGAAGAAGAAAAAAAAGAAGUCGAAACAUCGGUCAAGGUCCGCAAGCUUAGAGAGCGUGUCGCCAGACGAUCACUUGCUGAUCGAGACUGCUAGAGCGCCGACGCCGCAGCGGUACACACAAGUGCCUAUUAGUGAAUGGGAGAAACCGUCCUCACCACUUCAUAAUGGUUCAUGUUCUCCCGUCUCUCCAACAACUCCACCAAUAUUGCGAGAUCGACAUGAUCUGUCACCUAGGCAUAGGAUUGAUCAUCAUGAUGCUUUAUUGCCAUAUUCACCACUACGAGAAAGAUCUCCAUUGAUCAGUAUUGACCUAUGCACGAGCAGCAGAAGGCGCCAGAAGUCUUCCACACCGCAUACACCAUCCAUUCCUCCAUACCAUGAUACAGUGACUAUUGACUCUGACAAUGAGGAGUAUGAGAGAACUAGGAGGGACUAUUGGCAUGAACAGCACAGGCUGGCCAACGAUGUUAUGGUUAUUUCAGACUCGCCGGUGCACGAGUCCCGCGCUCGCGAGUAUAGCCCGCGGCGGCACCGCAAGCGCAGCCCGCACCGCCGCCGCAGCCGCGAGCGGGAGCGCCACCGCGACCACCGCCUGCACCAUAGGUCGCACAGCCGCAGUUCGCUCAAGCGUCGCCGCUCGGCGUCGCGCAGCAGACGACGCUCGUCGUCGCCGCCGCGCCACCGGCCCAGGCAUAAGGAACCGAGUCGUGAUCGCCAUAGAAGCCGACACGACUCGCCGAGCCCACCAACUAAUGUUCUACAGCGCAGGAUAGACUUCAAGGAGAAGAUCAGUGAUACAAGUCUCUUUGCUGAGCUGGUCAAGGACAAGCAUAAAAGGGCUAAGAAACUGCAAGAGAUUCUGAACCAAAAGGAAGAAGAGUCUCAGGGCGCGAUGUCGAGCACGGCAUCUAUCAAUAACCCCGAUAUACUCACAAUAGAUGAAUUGUCCAAUGCAACGGCAGAUAGCUCUACGCAGGCGUCCAAAGAGAAUGGCGACACGCACCCUAAGGGUCAGGACGUGGUGGACAUUCCUAUGCCCCAAGCGGAGGACUCGCAGCCGCCGGCGCCAGCGUCAGCACCGCCCCCGCAGGAGCCGCCGCCCGAGCCGCCGCAGCCUCCGCAGCCCCCACAGCCGCCGCAGCCGCCGCAGCCGCCGCAGCCGCCGCAGCCCCCCGACGAGCCCGACGUCACGGCCAAUGGGGACGCCGAGACUAAUGGCUCGGAGCCAACAUCCACACCACCGAUCAGCAGCUCGGCGGUGAAGGGAGGCAGCGUGGUGGAGAGUGUCCUGCUCAGCAGCCAGCAGCCGGCGCCGCCCAAGCCCAAGAGCCUCACUAAGCUGCCCAUGCCGCCGAAUACUCAGGUUGAAGACAUAAAGACCCUAGCAAAUGAGAGUCCGCUGAGCACUCCUUCGCCCAGUCCUGUAAAGAAACCCGAGAAAGCUGAGAAACCCAAGAAAACUGGCAUCAUGAAUCUACCCAUGCCACCUGUGAUACCCGGUUCGGAGGAACUGAGCGGAGACGAAGCGGGGGGCUCGACGCCACCGCCCGUCUCGCACUCGGAUCGGUAUUCGCACGUGUUCACUAGGAAGAAGGACAGUAAUAGCGGUGCAAAAUUAAAGCGGCCUCGUAUAUUGAAACGUCGCGGUUCGAAAGUGGUGCCCGUGGUGACCGCCACGCACCACGCGAAGGACUGGGGCGAGAAGUGCGUUGACGGCUUCCAGGUGAUAACACAAAUAGGCGAGGGCACCUACGGCCAAGUGUACAAAGCCCGAGACAAGAACACGGGCCAGCUGGUGGCGCUGAAGAAGGUCCGGCUGGAGAAUGAGAAAGAGGGCUUCCCGAUCACCGCGGUGAGAGAGAUCAAGAUCUUGCGUCAGCUGAAUCACAAGAACAUUGUCAAUUUGAGAGAAAUUGUGACAGAUAAACAGGACGCUAUGGACUUUAGGAAGGAUAAGGGCUCAUUCUACCUAGUCUUCGAAUACAUGGACCACGAUCUCAUGGGGCUGCUGGAAUCCAAGAUGGUUGACUUCACUGAGUCACACAACGCCUCCAUAAUGAGGCAACUUCUCGACGGACUGGCGUACUGUCACCGCAAGAACUUUCUGCAUCGGGACAUCAAGUGUAGUAAUAUAUUGAUGAAUAAUAAGGGUGAAGUGAAACUAGGUGACUUCGGUCUGGCGCGGCUGUGGUCCGCUGAGGACCGGCAGAGGCCCUACACCAACAAGGUGAUCACGCUGUGGUACCGGCCGCCCGAGCUGCUGCUGGGCGAGGAGCGCUACGGGCCCGCGGUCGACGUGUGGUCGAUGGGCUGCAUACUGGGAGAGCUCUUCCUCAAACAUCCGCUGUUCCAGGCCAACAUGGAAAUGAUGCAACUCGAGAUGAUAUCGCGAGUGUGCGGAACACCCGUGCCGGGGGUGUGGCCGAACGUUGUGAACCUACCGCUGUGGCACACCCUCCGUCCCAAGCGGUUCCACAAGCGGUGCGUGAGAGAGCACUUUGCGUUCAUGCCGGCGCCGGCGUUGCAUCUGUUGGAUCGGAUGCUGGAACUGGACCCCGACAGACGGAUCACGGCCGAGGAGGCGCUGAAAAGCCAGUGGCUGAAGAGUGUUGUGCCGGAUCAAAUGCCAGCGCCAGAAUUGCCGACAUGGCAAGACUGCCACGAGCUCUGGUCCAAACAACGCAGGCGCCAACAACGCGAGCAAGAACAGGGCAAGCCGAAAAGCUACAAUGCCGAUGAAAAAGACUUCAAGCAGAACGAAUCUUCCAACCAGUCGGACUCUAGCUUUAAAAGUGAAUUCAAAGAGUUCAAAACUGAUCCCCCGCAAGAGACUGGACAAGUUAAAUAGUAUUUAGAGUAUUACUAUUAUGGCUAUUACCGAUAGUGUUCAUGUGAUAGUGCCCCUGUCCUCUAUGAGGAAAGGCCAAGUGGUCCAAUGAAUUUAUCGUGACAGUGAUGCCAGUAAAGUGAAAUAUAGUGAAAUUGCCAGGUAUAAAACAAUAAUUAGCUGGUGGAAACUGUUUUUAGUGUGAGUGCUGUGCAUGGUGAAUUUUUCAAAUCAAAUCGUUUUUACGUUGAUGCUACAAAAUUCUGCCAAUAAUUAAAGAUCAUAUGAGGAGCUAUAUGUAAAUUAUUGAAGUUUAAGAAUCAUGAAUAUUGCAAUGCUUUUAUUGAUAGCAUAGAUAGAUGUUAAAAAAAAAUUAAAUAAAUUAUAAAAUUGCUCAUUUAUUGUUUAUAUCUGAACUCUGAUAUGUUCCUAAUAAUAGUAUGGUAUUUGAGUUCAUUGAAUGGUUUAGAUGCAAAUGCUUCUAAAAGUGAAUUUCAGAGCAUCUAAUCUUGAUAUAAAUUGUAUUUGAAGUGAUAUUAAGUGAAGAAUUCAACUAAUAUGAAAGUGAAUCAAAUAAGUACACAAAGACUUUUUAAUUGUGAAAUUGCUUUUAUGCACAUAAAAACUAAGUUAUAAACCAAAGCAUCGAGCAUAGUGCUUGUUACCUGUCGAGGAUUGAUAAUAAUUAUCUAACUGUAAAUAAGUGUAAAUAUAUUUGUAACUUGUAGUUAGUGUUAUGAACAACUUGUUAGUGAAGCAUUAUAUUGACUUGUUAGUUAAAUAUUACAAUAGUGAAUCACUUUAAAAUAGCCCCAUUGUUAUCCCCAUUAUGUUAAUUAUUUGGUGAUGUGCCAAUAGUCAGUAUUCGAAAAUGCUUCUGCGGUUUUAGUAAAUUACCAGCUACAUAUUAUAUUUUAAUUGAAGUAUAAAUUAUUCCAGUACAAUAACAUCACAAAAUAUAGAUUAAGUGUCUGUGAUCUUCGAUUACUUUGCACAAUUGACAAUUCUUGCUUUAGGAUAUGAAAAGCAAUUGUUUUUAAGAAAUCUUGCGCUUCUGAGAUACUGCCAAAUCGGAUCAACUGCAGAGCAAAGCUAGUAAAAUAUAUUUUGAAUGUUGAUAAUUGUUUUUUUACAUGGGUAAACUAUUUUCUGUUUGCAAUUAGGAAAGAAUCUUGAUGUAAAUAUUUGUUUUGGAUUAUUGUGAAGGGAUUUAAGGUAUUAUAAUGUUAAAGUUUAUUAUCAAACACCCAAAAUAGAAUUCCAAAAUUUUUUGUUACUGAUUUGAAUUCAGGCAUAGUACCAAAGGUGUAUCAAUCUUAAAUUUAAAAUAUUUAAUGAUUUUUAGAAGAGUCUUGAAUUGUCAAUUAUGUGACAAUAUUUUGCAUUUAAUUAUUUUUAAUAAAUAAUUUGUAUAUGUAACAGUUAAAGCAUUAAGUAUAGUGUAACAAAAAUGCAUACAUGUUAUGUUCAUAUACAUAUUAAGCAUUCUCAAUAAAACUGUAAAUUGUAUUAAAAGUAUUUAGAAAAUUGAUAAAAUAUUUUAUGAAUAGUGAAAUUGGCUUUGUCAAAGUCACAAAUAAAAAUGUAUUACAGGGAUAUGUUACUGCAUUAUAAUUUUAAAGUAUUUAAAUUUUAAAUGCAUUCACAAUACACUCAGGUGUUGAGCAGAGCUCGGCACUUAUCCUAGGAACAUCCAAUAACUGCCAAUGUGAAUGUAUAAUAAUUAUUAUGUUAAAAUGUAGAAGUGUGAAUGAAAUGGAUAUUGUGGAGUCCAAAGCAAUACAGUCAUAUAAAAGUGUAGAUUUGUAAGACUCAGUUCCACAAGUUUAGCGUUAUUCACAUAAUUCCAUAACCGAAAAAUAUAUAUGUGGCCUUGUCAUAGAUCUUAAAGUUCAAGCAUUGCCUUAGGUUUUACAGCGAAGUAAAGACCUAUUAGUUUUAUAUGUAAAAAGACAAAUUGUAUAGCCGACUGUAUCGGACAUGUAACAUAUUAAUUUGGACAAUCAAAUAAUCCAGAGUUUAGGUGAAUGACCAUAAAGUUGUAUUUAUUAGUUGGAUGUAGGUGUAUAUUUGAAAUGUUCCUCGAUACAUGUAGCCACAAUUUUAUGCAAUAUAUUUAUUUGUGUGCAGGUAAGACUGAAGUGCCCGUAACUCUGGAUUGUUGUUAAUAUAUAAUGCAAUUGUAUAAAUGUACCUACCUUUUAUAAAAUAAAAUACAUUGAAGCGAAA